AUGCAAUUCCGCUCCCUUACUGCCGCCAGGAGCUCCCUGGCGCCGCAGGCAGCGUCCUCCUCCGAAGCAGCUGCGUCUGCACCUGGGCAGCCUGGACCUUCGUGCCCUGCCCCCGGGGCCUCGCGCGGGGGGCGCCCCGGGACACCUCCUGAGGGCCGGGUGGAGGAGGAAGAGGAGGAGGAAGAAGACGUGGACCAGGACCCCUACCCUACGCAGGACACCUGGUCCCGCUGCUGUCACUUCUCUUUAAGUGGGAGAAGAGAGCCGGGGAGAGCCAUGGGGGGCUGCGAAGUCCGGGAAUUUCUUUUGCAAUUUGGUUUCUUCUUGCCUUUGCUGACAGCUUGGCCAGGGGACUGCAGUCACGUCUCCAACAACCAAGUUGUGUUGCUUGAUACAACAACUGUGCUGGGAGAGCUAGGAUGGAAAACAUAUCCAUUAAAUGGGUGGGAUGCCAUCACUGAAAUGGAUGAACACAAUAGGCCCAUUCACACGUACCAGGUAUGCAAUGUAAUGGAACCAAACCAAAACAACUGGCUUCGUACAAACUGGAUCUCCCGCGACGCAGCUCAGAAAAUUUAUGUGGAAAUGAAGUUUACAUUAAGGGAUUGUAACAGCAUCCCAUGGGUUUUGGGGACUUGCAAAGAAACAUUUAAUCUGUAUUAUGUGGAAUCAGAUGAGUCCCAUGGAAUUAAAUUCAAGCCAAGCCAGUAUACAAAGAUUGACACAAUUGCUGCUGAUGAAAGUUUUACCCAGAUGGAUUUGGGUGAUCGUAUCCUGAAGCUAAACACGGAAAUUCGUGAGGUGGGUCCUAUAGAAAGGAAAGGAUUUUAUUUGGCUUUUCAAGAUAUUGGGGCAUGCAUUGCCUUGGUCUCUGUCCGUGUUUUCUACAAAAAAUGCCCCUUCACUGUUCGUAACUUGGCUAUGUUUCCUGACACCAUCCCAAGGGUUGAUUCUUCUUCUUUGGUUGAAGUAAGGGGCUCUUGUGUGAAGAGUGCAGAAGAGCGUGACACUCCUAAACUAUAUUGUGGAGCUGAUGGAGAUUGGCUGGUUCCUCUUGGAAGGUGUAUCUGCAGUACAGGAUAUGAAGAAAUUGAAGGUUCUUGUCACGGUAAGAAAGAUGCAUUCAAAUAA